AUGUCACUGCUGUCACCGUUGGCAAUUUACGGUGUCCGAAAAGCGGAAGGAUACAAUGUUGUAGUGAUUUUUUUGUCUGCCGACUUUUAUUGCCGGCCUCCCUUGUUUAGAAAGGGUCUCGGCUGGCACAAAAUGGCGCAUUAUACAUCAUCUUUGUCUUCCUCGAUUCGAAGCAAAUCCAGCUCAAAAAACAGUGAUGAAAUUUUCUAUGAAAGCCAAGGAAUUGAAGCAGCACAUAUUGUUGAGCUUCUUCAGAAGGAAAUAGUAUAUCUGACAGGUGGACGAGACAAAGAAGGAGGCCCAAUUUUAACUUUCCCUAUGCAUGAUGGACCCGUGUCUUUCACUCAAAAUGACAUUUAUGAUUGUGUUCAGUAUUUGUCACAUAUUCCAAGUGAAGAAUCUCGCCAUCAAGGUUUCACUGUGAUUGUAGACAACCAAUAUGAUACAUGGCCUGAUCUAAGAUAUCUCUUAGCUAUCUUAAAGGAAUCUCUCCAAGGAAACUUGAAGAGAAUUUUGGUUGUGAAAACUUCAUUAGAAGAAAGACCUAGACGUCUGAGUGUAGAUCUUGCUGAUAAGUUGCAGUAUGUUACUCUCAAAUAUCUGCCAACAUACAUCAGUCCUUAUCAACUAACUGCUAAUCUUGGGGGCCUUUUGCCUUUCAAACACUGCCACUGGCUUCAGAAUCGUAUGGAUUUUGAAAAAUUUAUGAAAGAAGCCAGAACUGCCUCAGUUCAUUUGAACAAUGCUGAAGUUCAAGUGAAUAGAGCUUUUGCCAAAGAAGGAGCCUCAAGUCCAUUUGCUUCCAUGAGGCGGAGGCAUAACUGGAAUAAGUCUGUGAUGUCUGUACCUGAAAGUGUAAUUACUGAUGGAAAGGUGCUACUUCGACAACUCCAAAAUGAUGGGGAAUCAGCAUAUACAAGAGAAGAAGAUGCAAUAACCACUUUAGACAACUUAGAAACACAGAAACAAGUGAAAAGAGUCAUUCGUUUUUUGGAACACAAAAUGGAACAACUCUGUGAAAUCCAAGAGGCCAAAAGCAAGUCCAAAAUUUUCAGCCAAGAAGUUAUAGAUUUGCAGGAUUCCAUGAAAAUGGUUGUUGACUGGAUUCUUGGUCCAGGAGAAAAGCUACUUGCCUCCAUGACUGACAUUGGAGACAGUUGUGAAUCUGCAGAAGUGCUCCGAAAAAGACAUGAAGAAUUAGAGAUUAAAUGUGCUGAGACUUAUGGCAAUUAUGCAGAACUUCGGCACAAGUCUGAAGAAGUCAUCCAAGAAAAUGAAUCCUUUUCUUCAAAUAUUCUUGCCCAGAGAGAUUACAUGGAUACUGUGUGCAGAGGUUUUGCCAGUCGUUUGGAGAGACGCAAAAUUUUACUAAUAACUUCUGUUCGUUUUCAUCGAUUUGCUGAGGAUUUAUCUUCUCAUUUGGAUGAAUUAUUGGAAUUAUUAUGCUCUGAAGUAAAAGUUGAAGAUGCAGCAGCUGCAGAAAUGGAACUGAGCACUUUGAAUGACAAAUGCAAAGAAAUAGAUUCUUUGGCCAAUCAAACACUCAAUGAUGGACAAAGCUUAUUGGAUGAAAUGUCUCGACCAAUGAAAAAUUCAUCUGGAGUAGACAUAACUCCAAAUUAUUCUAAUCAGAUAAAACACAUAAACAAAAGUGUGGAAGAUUUGCAAGAGCGAAAACUUCGAUGUGAUGAACUGGCUGAUGUUCGCAGGUUAAAACUUCAACAAAUUCUUCAACUCUUCACUUGUGAAAGAGAUGCUGAUCAGGCUGUUCAGUGGAUCUUGGAGCUUUGUGAUGUCAUGGUAAAAAGUCACACUGAGAUGGGACAGACAAAAGAAGAUAUUGAAAAGCUACAAGAGGAACAUAAAAAUUUUGAAUCAACUGCUUUAGGGACUUAUCAAUAUGGAAAACAACUUUUAGAAGCUGCUCUUUUUCUUAGACGCUCUUUGCGAUACAGUUUGGAUGAUAAUAACCUUGUGGCUGAACAACUGGAAAGAGCUUGGAAAAAGUUCUCCCAAGGAACCAUGGAAAGAGCCACCCGGCUCACUCUUUUAGCAAUGUUUAUAUCAUCUUCUGACAAGAUUUUGGAUCGAAUCAACCAAGUCUUCACAGAAAUAUCUGAUCUUGUUGAGAACAAAUUUCGAAGAGGAGCAGAGCUGAGAAAAAAAUAUCAACCAAUUUGUGAUGUUCUUUUUGAUGAUUCUCUGGAAACAAUCCAAAUGGGAAAGGCUUUACUUGAUCGUCUUGCCCUGCCUGUAAUUGUAGCUGAUGAAAGCAACAAGAAUUUUUUGACAGAUGACAAUAUUGCUUCCUCAACCAUUAUGGCAAGUCUACAAAAAUUGGAACUAAUGAUUGCUGAACUGCAUGACUACUGGAAUGAACUUCUCAGAUCUGACAAUACUGUCUUACAAACAGUUGAAGUUAAUCCACAACCAAUCACAACUGCUCCAAUUGCACCUUUUCAAACCAAGCCCGCCUCUCCAAGCAGGCUAGGCCAUCCCACAUAUGAUUCUAUAUCACAAGAAAAAAAUACUUUGUUAGGUAGUGCUAUGAGUCCAAGUUCAAAUAAUAAUUUUGUCAGUACGGAUGGCACUCGUAUAACUGCUAAUAUCCAAGGGAUUCCUGCAGGCAAUUCACUUGAUAUAUUCCCUAUAGAAUCUUCCCCAUAUGAACACAAUAUGGCAGGAUAUAAUGAUGAUGAUCUCCUGCAAAGAUUACAUGAUGUAAGUAUUGUUUAA